CGGGACUUUUAUUUUGAUACGGCGCUGUGACGUCAUUAGCGUCCCGCUCCUGCAUCUGUUGUGACUCGGCUGAAGAAAGAUUGUCCAAAAACUCCUGAGAUCCACACACUAUUAUAAAGAUGGCGUUUAUUAAAGAGGAAAGUGAAGACAUGAAGAUUGAAGAAACAUUGAAAGUCAAACAAGAAAAUACUGAGGAACAUACAGACCUCAUGGCGGUGAAAGAAGAGAGCAUAGCACCAAAUGAAAAGGAAGAGAAAGAACGAUAUGAGAUUCAUCAUGAUUUUAAAACCGAAGAAGAAUCUAUCAGUAAACCACAGAUUAAAGAGACUUUCUCACAGAAAAUAGAUCAUAAAACAGGAACUACGAGUUAUUUCAUCCCUUCUCACUCUGAAAAGAGUUUCAGUGAACAUGGAAACCCUAAAGUCCACACUGGAGGGGAGUCUUACACCUGCCAACUGUGUGGAGUCAGAUUCAUACAUAAAGGAAACCUUACAGUGCACAUGACAGUUCACACUGGAGACAAGUCUUUCACUUGCCUUAAGUCUGGAAAGAGUUUUGAUCAAAAUAAAUAUCUUAAAGAGCACAUGAGAAUUCACACUGGAGGGAAGCAUAAUGUGUGCCAUCAGUGUGGAAAAAGUUUCCGCCGAAAAGGAUUCCUUAACAAACACAUGACAAUUCACACAAAAGAAAAACUUCUUACAUGCGGUGAGUGUGGAGAGAGUUUCGAACUACAGGUAAGCUUUGAAGAGCACAUGAGAGUUCACACUGAAGGGAAGCCCUUCACCUGCGAACAGUGUGGAAAGAGUUUUACUCAAAAAUCAAACCGUAACAGGCACAUGAGAAAACUACACAGCAUAUUUUCAACACAACCUUGAUCAACACAUGUGGAUUCAUUUUGAGAGAACUGUUUUAUGUCAUCAGUGUGGAAGGAGUUUCCUCAAACAGGAAUCAUGUAAUAACAUUACGAUGUGUAGGAAGCUCUGAAGUGAAGACCAGGGGUCUCAUUUAUAAAACUCUAUGCAGAUUUCAUCCUAAAAAGUGGGAAGUCGUAGCCUAAUGGUUAGAGAGUCGGACUCACAAUCGAAAGGUUGUGAGUUCGAGUCACCGAGACAUUAAGGAAAUAUGAGAUACAGACUGUAAUGCCAUUUGUGCCAUUCACAUUCAUUUGUGUUGUUUAAAAUUAUACAGUAUCAUUGUUAAGGAUUUGUAAUAAAAAGAUGAAAAUAUCCUUAAGAACAAAACGAUUUAAAAUAGUUCUGAGAUUUAUUUUAGAAUAGAGUCGAUCUCAUUCUUUUAAACUGGCCAAAAAGUAAAUUGUUUUAAAGAAUUCAAAUUAAAUGUAUGUAGUAAUGCUGAGAGCAUUUUAAGAGUGAAAUGUGCAAAUCUUACCAUUUACUUUGAGUUGUAUCAUUUAAUUACAGUGUUACUUUUUUAAUAAUGCUGUGGAUAUGUCUUCACACGACAUCAACACCUCUGUGCAGCUGUGGUUGUACAGUAAACUAUUAUGAUUGGACUUAUUCAAACGGGACAAAGUAUUGUUUGACCACUGAAUCCAGCAGUGUGGUCAAGUUCACAUCUUGUGUAAAAUUAAAGUGAUAGUUGACCAAAAAAUAUUAAUUCUGUCAUGUCGUUAUAAACCCCUAAGGACUCGGUUCAUCUUAAGAACACAAAUUAAAGGGGUCAUAUGAUGCUGCUGAAAAGAACAUUAUUUCCCACAUACUGUACAUUAUUGUUUCUCCUCUAUGCCCUGCAUUCUGAAACAUGAUACAUUUUUACAAAGCUUAUCGCCCUAAAAAGCGAGAUGUGAUGUGAUUGGCCAGCGAUCAGUGCAUUGUGAUUGACCGAAUACCUCAUGUGUGUGAUGGAAAUGUUACGGCCCUUAACAUAUUGUGAUGCCCUGUCCGGUCGAAGCGAUGUGACAUAAACAUUAGAACCCAUUAUAAACAUGAUACAAACAUGA